AUGAUAGAAAAAGCACUCAAAGGAACUGAUUUCAACAUGCUCCACCAGGUGGCGCUGAUUCUACUUUCGACAAUGCUUAAUGUGGCAGCUAGUUCCGAUUCCAAUGGCGAGGUAGCGCUGGUUAACGUUACGCGAUUUGCAUCUGGAGAUUUAUUUUCGCUUAUUGGUACCGAUUGCGGCCCAACAAGGUGUAUGGAGAUAUCUCACGGCACUGCUUUGUCAGCAAUGGGUAGUGAAGGUUGCGUAUGUCAAUGCCGGAAAGACACUCCAACUUUUAGAGAAGAUCAGAGAGUGUGCGUGAAUCACAUCGAAGAUGUAGUGGAUGCAAUAUGCGCGGUGACAAGUGCACAAUACCUGUCACCUUCAGGGUGGGUGACCUUGCGAGAUCUCGUAGACAACGACGUGCCAUUCAGCCUUUAUAGAGACGAAGGCAGCACUUUUUUACAGUGGCGAGGAUCAUCAAAUUUACACAGCCGAUUGGAAGGACGGCUGGUGGCAGCACAUGUACUGUGCUCGUCACCGGAGCAGUCUCGGCUUGCGGCUUCUUGUGCAGCCUUUCGAGUAGCAGGAGCGUCACAGAAUUCCUUACUAGAUGUUAAAUCAAUACCUUUUCAUGCUGGAGAGGUCGUGACUUCAGAACCAGCUAAUCAAAGUCAAGGUCUAAGCGUUCUAGAAUUACUAGCCAUUUGUGUUUGCGUUUUGAUGCUGAUCUUUAUAUAUGCAGCUGGGAUAAUAUUUUAUGUACACUAUAAACAAAGACAAAAGAAGCAAGAGAAAGAUCCAGAGAUAAAUUUAUCAAAUUCCAUAUCUGCAGAUAAUAUAUCUACUCUUGAUUCGAGAAUCGACAUUGAAAAUGUACAACUUAAAACGAAUCCAUUAUUAGGUAUGAAUAAUUUAACUAAUGAAUUUAUUAAUGAUGCUGGGUUAUCUGACGUAAGUGAGCAUACUGAAGACACUGUGGACUCAUCGUCAAAUAUUAUUCAUAGGAAAUCAAGUUAUAAUAUAACAUCUGCAGUUAUACACACAAGACGAAAGAAACCUAUUCAGCCGGGAACAAGAGCUACUUCGACACCAGAACGAAUAAAUGAGAGAUUACAACGACGAUCAGCAUCUCCAGAUACUUUCGAAAGGGCUCCUCAUUCGGAUUUAUCUAUAAUUGAUUGCAGUAUGGAAAAUAAUAUCGUUGCACGACAACCACUACAAUCCUCAAAUGGGGAGACUACAUUGAGAAAAAAAUUGUAUUUUAACCCAGUCUUUUUUGAGACCGAGCAUCUCAAGAAUCCACCGCCAGCUGCAAUUGAAUUUCUCAUCAAGAUCCGAGAAGUAAUGUCAAUUGCUAAAGAGAAAAUGGUGUCUAAACGUUUUAUUCCGAUUUUAUCUGACAUAUCUGAGGAAGAACUUUACCAUACUAUAGAUUUGGGAUGGGAUAUCCCUUGUGCUAGGCGUGGUAGAAGAUUUAGUGCUAUAAGUUUAAAACAAGAGAAUACCAGAAGAACUGGUCACUGUGGUGGCUGUCCUGGAUGUGACAGUAAUAAUUCAAAUUCUCUAAAAAGUAUUGCUCUGAUGAGGUCUAAUUCCUGUAAGACUUGUGUAAGCGAUGAUUACAAACAACGUAUUGUUCGUAAAUGGUUAGACGAAGUUCCAACUCCUCAAUCAACAGAAAAACCAGUAAAAUCAAUAGCUAAAGUUAGUGGUACUCCGAGAGUAAUUGAUUCUAAACCAAAGAAUGACGUUUUAGUGCGACCUUCGGAUUUAUUGCAAACUGGGGAACCCAAAAUGGACACUAAAAUUCCAAAAGAUAAUGUGGAUGAUCGAUAUACAAGAGAGUAUAUUAUUAACGAAAAUAACCCAUUGUCAAUCACUUCCACUGAAGUUGAAAUGAAUGUAGAAACUACACAAACCAUUAUAAUCCCAGAACAUAAAACCCCAACAAAUCAUAAGUCUCGUCGGAUCAGAAGAAAGCUACCUCCACCUCCGCCGCCACCAGUAUGCGAACCGAAGCCACAAAAUGAAGAAGAUGUUGAACCAAUAUUACCUGAAGUAAAAGUAAAAAUGGAAGCUGUUAUUCGCGAGCUUAAUAAAUGUCGAAGAGUAGAAUCUAAAGAGGUAAAAGAAUUGAAAUUAGAAAAUAUCCCAAAUGCUCCGAAAAUUGUAAUACCAGUUCUUGCUGCCGAUUCUCAGUACUAUAGUGAUGACAAUAUAUUAACGAAUAAAUGUAAGAAAGAAUUUUACAUACAUCGUGAUGACUCUGAUAAUUUUGAUAGCUUAGAACGCAAUUCAUUAAGAAGAAGAAGAUUUUCACUAGCUUGCGAACCAGAACUUUCACAAAAGGAAGAGUUUAGGCUACAAUCAAAUAUACUUUCGACUAAGGAAAGAUUUUCAAGGAGUUGGCGUGACAUUAAAAAAGCUGUAGAUGGACAUCAGUUAGUUCCACAACUUCUCGACUUAAACUUUGAAAAUAAAAGCGAAAUUUUCAUCAAUGCAAUGGAUCCAUUAUACGAUAAUGUCUGUAAAACGGGACCAUUGACUAUUAAAGUGAGUGGGUCACCAAUUGAAAGUAGACGUAAUCAAAACGAAGAGUUUGAUCCUGAUACUCUUGAUAGGAAACCGAAACGAGAAACAAAACGUGUGGAGAAAAUUUUGUUGAAAUCUGGAGGAAGUUUUAAGUGCAAAGCGCCUGAGCAUGAUAAUGAACCAAACAAAACACCGCCUGAAGCAGCAUUUACCCGAAAAAUAGGGAGCUUGAGACAAAUAUACGAAGCAAAAGCGAAAAACCAGGAUAGUGAUUCAGAGUCCUAUGGGAGACGCAAUAGUAUUCCUUUUAUAAAUCCUGAAAUAACUGGAUUUUCAAGGUCACUUAAAACCCCUGAUUUGAUCAGACAAAUCGAAAGUCAAAAAGAAAAGCCACCAAUACCUCCGAAACAACGACGUGGUUCUGAAUCAUCUCCAAAAUUUUCUACCUCUACCCGAGACAGUCCACCAGGCGACCGACACCGAAUGUCGGAAGAACGUGACCGAUUUUCGCAAACUUCAAGAAUGGACAAUAUUAAUACUCGUCGUUCUGUACGGCGCUCAGCUCGGACCAGAUCACGCAGAACCGAUUUAAGGAAGCUUUAUAAAACUGAAGAUUCUGGUUAUAUGAGUACAGAUUCCAACGAAUCAAAACGCAGAGCGAGGUAUUUGAUGCAGUUGAGACCCAAAACAAUAGUACCUGAACCAACCAAAAUAAUGAAUAAGCUACCAAAUUUACAAAUUGAGUCUGAUACUGAUGAUUUGGAAUCUCUUUGCGAUGGACGAAGUGAAUCCGGUGGUGAAAGUGUAGAGACAGAUUCUGUAUUUUUUGGUAAUUUUGAUGAUACGAAAGAUUUGCUAGCCGAGCUCGGCCUUAGCAGCUUUGAGAUAAAAAGUAAGGGUGCAACUCAAGAACAAAUUGAUUCUGGGUUUAUGGGUGAAACUAACAUUAUUCUAAGCGGGGAUAGUGACUCGGAGCACAGGAGUGUCAUAUCAAUAAAGGCUGGAUGCGACAGUAAAGUGUCUGCACCUCUUACCAAAUUAGACGAUCCGCCAUAUGUUCGUUCCGUAGAAUGUUAA